UCCGUAUGUGCUGUCGGAAGUGCGCAGUCGUUCCUCUCUCUCCAUUGGAUCAGGCCCUUGCCACUCUGUUUCCGGCAUGCAAGCCACGGAAUGCCCAUGUGUAUGUCUCUCCCAUUCCUCUGUACUGUGCUCAGCGACCGUCGUCAUACGGGCAGCCUGGAGCAGGGUCGGCCACGGGAGGAGAGAGGACUGCCAUGAUGAAGAAUAAGCGCUCGCUGCUGAGGAAGACAUCUAGCCUUUAGAUGAGUUUAUUCAUUUGUAUCUCAUCGAACCGUGCAGCAUUCGGAAUGACACUCACAGCGAUCUGCGUAUUUUUUGGUUUCACCCGACGCUGUGGACCGCAAGGGGGAUAUGUGCCUGACUUGUCUUGAUAGCCAUUUUUUGCAGACAAAGAGCGCUGUUGAGUAAGGCUUUCUGAGAGACGUACGGUGAUUAGCACGCAGUAGGCUAAAACACUAGCCCGCAUGGAAAACCUGAGCAUUCUUCCAAAGAUGGAGCUGAUUUGCCUCACAAUUCCAGUUCCUCCUGGACGAAUGACAGAAGGCUGCGAACCUCGUGCAACACAAUCAGCCACCAGCCAAAUGUUGGUAAAUCUAGUUUGUGGCCGGUUAGGAUUGUACGUACCCAGCCAUAUUGGCAAGUCCUGAGGGGCUCCUAUUGAUGGACGCGGUGGGCAAGAUGUGGAGCAACCUGCGAAGCAAAUGCCACACCCUGUUCCACAGCGACGGCUCCGGUGCGGCCUGCGACGGCGUCGAGGCGGACGCCGUCCACUGCGUGGUGGACCUCUGCCCCGGAGGCGGUCCGGGGGAGCCCCAGGCUUCCGCGGCCCCCAGCCCGUCCAGGAGCAUCCUCCCGCUCCCCCUGGUCACCGCCGGGCGGAGACACCACCACAACUGUGUGUCCGACGUGCCCCAGUUCGUGGAGAUCACCGUCGACAAGGACACGGAGGACGUGCGCGGCGGCGGCGCGACGGGGGUCCCCAUGGCCCGUCGAGACUCCUACUCCCGACACGCUCCGUGGGGGGGCAAGAAAAAACACUCGUGCUCCACCAAGACACAGAGCUCCCUGGAGGCGGACCGGCGGUCGGCCAGGUCGCGGGGCGGCGGGGUGCGGCGCGACCGGCGCUACGGCGUCAGCUCCAUCCAGGAGGUCGGGGACUGUGCGCUGGGGGGGCGGAGCCUCAGCGCCCGCUCGCUGCGGCAGCGGCUCAGCGACACGGUGGGCCUCUGCCUGCCGCUCCCGGCCCGCCGCCGCCACCCGUCCAAAGCCCCCGUCGUGUCCAAGCGCAAGAUCCACCUGACGGAGCUCAUGCUGGAGACCUGCCCCUUCCCGCCCGGCUCGGACCUGGCCCACAAGUGGCACCUCAUCAAGCAGCACACGGCGCCCGUCAGCCCGCAUUCCUCCAGCGCCCUGCUGGACGCCUUCGACCCGGCCCACCCCUCCCCCGAGGACGAGGAGGAGCGUCUGCGCGAGCGCCGCCGGCAGAGCAUCGAGGAGGGCGUGGACCCGCCGCCCAACGCCCAGAUCCACACGCUGGAGGCCUCGCCGUCGGGCUCCUCCCUCUAUAAACUGGGACCAAAGAUGGCGCCUGGCGUCGGAGAGGGCUCGGGGGAGGGGGUGGCGGGGCCCUCGGGGGCCUGCGGGCCGGUGCCGGCCACGGCCAUGGCCUCGGCCCAGGACUGUGACUCUGAGGAGGACUCGACCACCCUGUGUCUGCAGGCCCGCAGGCCCAAGCAGAGACACGGCUCCGGGGAAGGCCGGCAGCAGCAGCAGCUGCAGCCGGGGCCCUGGAAGGUCCACACCCAGAUCGACUAUAUCCACUGUCUGGUGCCGGACCUGCUGCAGAUCACGUCGUUGCCCUGCUACUGGGGCGUGAUGGACCGCUACCAGGCUGAGGCGCUGCUGGACGGCCGGCCCGAGGGCACCUUCCUGCUGCGGGACUCCGCCCAAGAAGACUACCUCUUCUCCGUCAGCUUCCGCCGCUACAACCGCUCGCUGCACGCCCGCAUCGAGCAGUGGAACCACAACUUCAGCUUUGACGCCCACGACCCGUGCGUGUUCCACUCGUCCACCGUGACGGGCCUGCUGGAGCACUACAAGGACCCCAGCGCCUGCAUGUUCUUUGAGCCGCUGCUGACGGCGCCGCUCCACCGGACCUUCCCCUUCAGCCUGCAGCACCUGGCCCGCGCCGCCAUCUGCCGCCGGAGCACGUACGACGGCAUCGGCGGGCUGCCGCUGCCCCCGGCGCUGCAGGACUUCCUCAAGGAGUACCAUUACAAACAGAAGGUGCGCGUGCGCUGGCUGGAGCGGGAGCCGCCCCUCAAGCUCAAGUAGCGCCGCGGGGCACGCACGCACGCGCACGCACGCUGGGAGGAAGUACAAAACUCUUUGAACAGAUCCCCCCCCCCACCCCCCCGUCAGCCAAUCAGGAGUGGCGGCACAGCCGCCCUCCGCUGAAAUGGCAGUGGAUGAACGGAGUCUAGGUGAAAACAAGCUAUACAAGAUUCAUUCUAAUCUUUAUUUUAGUUAUUAACAUCACAGAGUAAAAAUGACACAUGAUUAUAUUCAGUAUAACGCUGUCUGGCAAGCGUGUUUUUUGUUGAACAGGUUAUUUUGACUGGGAGGGAGGCCGCAAAUAUCAGCACUUUGUAUUUUUCUCUGGUUAGUUUAUUUUAAUUUUGUCUGCCUGAUUUCCCCCAUCGUCCGCCUGCCUGUAGACCUACCUGCCUGCAUGCAAGCCCACAUUCUCGUCGGCUCCCCACAUGGUUAGCCUCGUUGUACAGAUCACUUUGUGCUUUCCUUUCCAUUCCCCCCCCCCCUUGCUUCUACCAUGUUCUUGGUCUGGACGGGACGGUGUGUCGGUUGGAGAACGCCGUCCAGUGGUGCACUUCACAAAAAAAAACUGCAGUCCGAGUGUAGAUCUGUGCACUUUGCAUAUGUAUUUGUACUGUGCCUCUCCGCUCUCUCCUUGGUACACGGUGGUAUCCUCCAAGCCAGGGAUUUUCUUCUGAGGUUCGGUGGCCAGCACAGAGCACUAACAUUACAGUAGAGCAGCAGUUAUUGGGGGGGGGACAAUGCGACAAAGUAGUUCAUUCCAUAGGAACAACAACUUUGACUCGAUCAGCAACUAGGAAAACAAAACACUGGCUACAGGCACUUUAACUCUUUGCUGGGGGUUGGGCGAUGUUAACCGAGUCAAACAUCACUUUACAACAAUAACUGACGCCACAAGGCCAUGUGAUGGUUUGUAAAUGGGCUAUUCUACAAUAUGGGUUGUGAACAUGGAAUGGGUGUCGGUGUGUCCCUAAUAUUUUUCUAUUGCUUUCUAGCACUAUGGUUUAAGCAUUGGCUAAAUGUUUAGUACCAUAGUAAGAAAAUGUAUAUAGCAUGACCAGCUACAACAUAUUUUUACUGGAAAUAUACCAUAAGACCAAGAACAUCUGAGCAAUGUUCAAAUAUCUGAAUAAUCCAUCCAUGUGUCGCCCAGCUCUGUGCUUACAGUUGUGUACUCGCACAUGCACACAAUCAAUAAUCCCCUCCAGAGAUAUUGUUCACCAGUCCUACCACAUUGUGGACUUCUGCUCUAGCCAGAGGCAAGAGUCAAAUGUUACUUCAAACGGGACUGUGUGUUGAAAAAUGCACUUCUCCCGCUUCCAACGCUCAUAUCUCUGUAUGGAGUCACUCUGGUGCUACAAAAAGGCUUCUGGUGGUGCGUUCCCCCUUUUUUAAAACAUGGAAACCAAUCUUGUGUAGGCAAAAUGUAGACCCUCAUAUGGAUUAUCUUGUAAUGUUACAGACAGAUUGCUACUUAAAUGCAUAGAGCCGUUUAAUGAUUCAGUGGCUUUCAUAUUAACACUUAAAACGUGUCUCACUUUAAAGAGCCCUUAAAUGAUAGUGAAGCCCAUUAGUGGAAACUGGCAUCCCUCUUAUCUGGGACUUUAUUACUGAUUUUUAUUUAUUUUGUAUAAUUUCUAUUUUUUUGUCGAUUGUUUUGAAAAGUUUAAGAAAUUUACAGAUUGUAGUUGAGUUGCAUCGUGCGAGCAUUGACUCAACCCUCGUUUCCCCUCACAUCUGGCCAUGAUUUUCACCCUGUAUGCUGAUCAGAACCCCAUUGAGACAAACGGACUCAAGGCCCGCUCAGCCCAUUCAUCCGCUCGCUGUGCUUUUGUUAGUUGUGCUACACCAGAGGGAACAAGUACCAACCUAACCCCUGUGCCUUGAGAACUGAGCGCAGUUGCGCUGCGUCCAGCUGUGUGUUAGUCCAGAGCUGGGGCAGGACAUGCUCCACCGAGCCCCAACUAGAUGGUAGAGCGUGUGUGUUGGUGGGAGGAGGGUGCUAGCUCUGAGCUCAUCAUUUUAUCUAUGGUGCACACUUUUUUAUAUAUAUAUAUAUAUAUAUAUAUAUAUAUAUAUAUAUAUAUAUAUAUAUAUAUAUAUAUAUAUAUAUAUAUAUAUAUAUAUAUAUAUAUAUAUAUAUAUAUAUAUAUAUAUAUAUAUAUGGAACAACAAUAAUUAAGUGGUGCUAUGUUUUUUUGUUUUUGUUUUUGAAGCUUAGGAGAUUUUUAUGUCAAGGUUUGACAUUGUAUUCCAACCAUUUUUCUCUGUCGUUCAACUGCACAUUUCUACUAUUGAGUUCAAGGUGAUACCAGGAGAGGGCAAAUUGGUCUUCUUCAGUGGACGGGCUACCAAUAAUAAAUGGAAUCAGUGAGCAACUAAUUAAACCAUCAGUACAUUUAUUCCCCUUUCAGAUCGAGCAUUUAAAUAUGAGGUCGAGCUAAGAUGCACUCACCACUUUCUGAACGGUACAGGUGGUACAGGCCACCACACACUGAACCUACAUUGCCCCGCCCCCCGGCCUUCCAGCGGAGUCCGCACAGCACACGGCAACAAUGCCAUUUUCCUGAACUUCCACCUGUCUGGUAGUGCUUCGAGUAAAGCACUACCAGUCACCCUCCUAACCCACAGCCCCACCCAGCCCUCCCUGGCAGAGUCCCACCCACCCACACCCGCCAGUGCUAAUCGCAGGCUAAAUUUACCUCUGGGCGAUCUAAAUUUACCAGGUGCUAAAAAGGCCACUCUGUGUUGCGUAAUAGGUGCUGACUGAGUCUUUGGUAAAGGAGAAGGGACUAAAUUUUUUUCUGCCCCGUACCUCUCCCUACUCCUCCUGUUCGCGUUCCUCCACGCCAUAAUCACAUUAUACCUGUGGUGACGAUGGGGUGCGGAGCUGGUUGUUUUUGCACCAAAACUGAAUGGCAUAUAGGCUUACCAUAGAAGAAAUGAGCGCAAGAGGGAGAGCGAGAAAGAGAGAGAGAGAGAGGGUCUUCAGAGCUGGACUGAGGCCUGGCUUACAGUAGUUCUCAGCGUUAGUUGAAGUAAAUGGCACUUUAAAUGGAUUGUUUUUGCAUCGGGUAUGGUUGCUUGAGGUGGAGUAAGGAGGUGUACUACGUGAGCCAGGUGGAGUCUCGGAUGAGAGACGUCGGUCUCUUGAUGAGUUAGUGGGGUGACGUGAAGCGACGCUGAUGACCUUGUCAGAUGUCAGAUGUUAUUUAUCCGUGAGCGUGUGUGUCUGAACGGACAGAGCCACAUGAUGAUGAUGAGGAGGAGGAAGGGGUGUUUUGAUGGACAGCCUGUUUAGUGAUAGAUCCGCUGGAUCCUGGUCGUCAAGGCCCCUCUCCUCCGGCCCAGGGGGCAGGUGUUGAGUCGGCCCCCCUCUGGCCUCUUUUCCCCAUGGGAAACAACGUACGCGUACCACGUGUGUGUGAUGUAGCACCAUUUCUAGUGUGAAUAAUGUUUUUUGUCUGGCGGAGGGAUUUAUUUUUAUUUUGCAUACAUUUUUUGUUUGCACCCUUGAACAAGUGUCAUCGAAAAGAGUAUCGCACACAUCCUCAUGCAUCAGUUAGGAGUGUAUGUGUGUGUGUGUAAGUGUGUGUGUGUGUGUACAUGGAUCACGUAACGCCAGCACCGCCUCUCAAUGUGACUCAACCCACCACCACCACCACCACCACCUGAGAAACUGUUGAAACUGACACCCUUCAACCACUCCCCACUAUGGGAAAGACAAAGGAUGGGUGUUUACAUUUAUGAUCUAUGUUCUUGUGCGGGGGGGGGGGGUAGUUUGCAAUUUAACUAUUUUAAACUUGUGUUGUUAGAACCACACUUAUUUUAGCUGCACUAUGAGCGCCUCGCUGGUGGCAGGGUCUGGGCGGGGCGGGAGUCUCGUAAACUCCCCCUAUUUUCCUCCUCCCUCCCCCACUAUGACUCACGGUUUCAGCUGCUCGGAGGACAGAAAAAAAAACGAGACUAAUUAUUUUAAAGACAAAUUUUAUUCUUUCCCAUAUAUAUAUUUCUUUUGGAAAGCUGGGAUAAGUGCUAUAUGCAAACAUUAAAAUAAUGUGAUGUAUGACUUAAAAGGUAAAAUAAAAUAUUAUUUUUCAUUAUUACUUCUCCCUAAUAUGCAAUGGAGUGGACUCUUGACAAAAUGGUUGCAAUCCUCUGUCACUUUAAAAUGCUGUAUGUGCACAUUGGUUGCUGUGUGGAUGCGGGUGUUGAGGCGACGGCAAAGAUGGCAACCAACUAACGGUUGUCAUUCUCCAGCGCCUCACUUGUGUUCCCGGGCCGCCUUAUUCCUUAUUUGUUCUGACCAAUCAGGAAGGACCCUCGUGAACCCCUCCCACCCGACCCACCCACCCUCACCACCACCCCCUCCAAUGGGGGCAGCAGCCCCACCUCCACGGGCCAACCGAACACUCUUGUCAGAUGAAUAUCACUGUUCCAUUUUGCUUCUCUCUCUCUAUCCCUGACUCCUUCCUUCCUCUUACUUUGCUUUUCUUUAGCCCUGUUUCUACCGUUUCCUCCUGCUGACCACGAGGGUUUGGAGAGUGUAAAUUACGUUAUCAUGUUCACGUUUCACCGUUUAUGUUCUGUAUCUCUGUGCUUCAUCCACCACCACCUCCCCCUCCACUUCAAAAAAAGUAGAAGCAAAAUCACUUUUUGGUUUCCCCGGAGUAUAACCUGUUCAUUUUAAAGAGCCGUAUGAUGGGACACUUGUAGCUGUCACUAUUGGUGCUUGGCUUACGCUUCAUUGUCUUAAUAUUCCAAAUAAAACUUUAAGUGUA